ACAUUGUAGACCCUGGUAGACUCUAGCUCUACAGCCUCUCUACUCUCACUCACUGGAGUUUUGGCCUUCGAAUCUAGCAUUUCGCUCUCUCUCUCUCUCUCUCCCGGAUGCACAGAACUGCCAUCUGUUCCUGUAGUAUAGAUAGCAAGCUGUCCCACUCGGCAUUUUGUUGUCGACCCGGGACUAGCAGCAGUGCUAUCAUGGCUGAAUGUGUGACAGCAACGGUCGCGGUGCCAUGGAAUAGCUCAUGUUCAAAUAGCUCUUCAAAGUGAGUCAUUUCGGAGACAUCUCUCUUUCGAUUAUAUUUUACUACGGCAAGCCUGCACCAACGCUGGCCGAUGUCCGAGAGUGUUGCAAUUUCGGAGACACCGGCCAAGUAACUUGGGGGAAGUUGUGCUUGCGUAGGGCAAGAAUGAAGCUGCUAGCGAUGAGCUAUUCCGCAGUUUGCGUGGCUGUGUUGUGCAUGUACUGCUGCUGUUGCCGCGCAGUCACAGGCAUUACGGACAUGAACCAGGCUAUGCUGGUGCGAAUGGAUGAAAAUACAACAAACAAUAACUCGUCCAAGAUCUACUGCAAGGAUGUUCACGUUCACAAUACUAGUAACCAGUGUCGGUUUGUGGAGACCACGGACGACUGCGCCAUCGCCGGUGGUUUUAUCAGCUAUCUCGAAUUGCCCUACUGUCAUCUGAAUAGCAAUCUUCAACCACUAGCCAUGGUUGUUCUCUUCCUUUGGCUGCUCUAUCUGUUUUUAGCUAUUGGCGUGACGGUGGAGUACUUCCUGUGCCCGGCCCUGUCCGUCAUCUCCAACACACUGGGUCUCAGCGAGAGUGUAGCAGGCGUGACGUUCCUGGCCUUUGGCAACGGAGCGGCGGACAUAUUCAGCUUGUUCGUGCUCAUAACGACGGGUGAUCAAGACCCGGUACGGGCCGAGACCGGCAUGGGUGCUAUACUUGGCGGUGGUCUGUUUGUGACAUCGGUCGUUGUCGGCCUGAUCGCGUUCAACUACCCGCUUCAUAUCAAGCUGACGACGUUCUUACGAGAUGUCGGCUUCUACGUUGCGGCUAUUUGCUGGCUGAUAGUGAUGCUGUGGGACGGUCGCAUAAUGCGCUACGAAGCCCUGGGUUACAUCAUGCUGUAUGUCGUCUACGUCUCCACUGUCAUUAUCAUGCUAAAGUGGUCACAGCGCGGGACUGCACAUCUAGCAGAUGCCGGAGCUGGUGCAUCUGAGCGCACACCACUACUUGGUAGCCCUGAUCACGGCAGUGCUUCACGCCAGCAGUCAGGCGGCGGUGGCAGCAGCCAUGGUACUACUGGUACCAGCGGUGGACAAGACCUGGGCGCAUCGCUGGGCGGUGGAUCAAUGAGCGAGUCGUACACGGGCGGUGCGUUCACAGGUAACAUUGCUGGUGGAUCGGUGGACUGGCGUAUGGCCAGCGACGGCAGUCUGCUCAAAUCCAACCAAGAUGAUGACUUACCAGCCAGUGACUCAACACCAGCAUCUACUGGACAAUCAUCAGCUGUCGGCUCUCCUGGAAAACAAUCUGAUGAUAAUACCGCACAUGAUAAGCUAGAGAUCGGCAAAGCUGGAGCGCAGAACGUGCCCAGAUCCGCGUGGAGCGCUUCCGAGUCCACACGACAGCUGGAAGUCGCCGCGCAUCAUGCUGCACCUAGGUCGGAAGCCAGUGAGCCGAUAGCCGAGUCGUCGACUACAGCUAGCCCACCACCAUUGCCACCACCACCAGUUAGUCCCUGGCGUAAACUGGCUACUGGUCUAUGGCCGUACAGUGUGGACGAUUUCAAAGCUCUGAGCUGGCUUGGUCGUGUCAUGCUAGUCCUGCGAGUUCCGAUACGUCUGUGUCUAACACUAACAACGCCCGUCAUACAGCCCAGCAACGACGAUGAUACGGACGAACAUACCAAUGCCAACUGGAACAAGUUCCUCAUCGCUGCCAAUUGUUUGAUAGCGCCGAUUUUUGCUACUCUAGCUCUGGAUUUAUUCUUCCACAAGAUUCAAGGUGCAGAAGUGAUCUUUGUUGGUGUUGUAGCAUCCGGAGUAGGACUCUUGCUCUUCUUCUGUGUGAUUGUGUUCACCCGGUCUUAUCAAGCACCCCGUGCUAAGCCUAUAUUUUCAUUCCUGGGUUUCUUGAUGUCGGUGGCAUGGAUCUACAUGAUAGCCAAUGAAGUGGUCAAUAUCCUAGAUACUGUUGGUGUGGUGCUGAAGCUGAAUGGAGCGUUCCUAGGACUGACUGUUCUGGCUGGCGGGAACAGUGUGUGUGAUUUGGUUGCUAAUUUCUUGGUGGCAAAGUCUGGUAAGGCCGAGAUGGCUGUGGCGGCGUGCUACGGGAGUCCUCUGCUCAAUAUGCUAAUCGGCGUUGGCCUGUCAGCCACUGUGGCAACCUUCCGCGACGGUGAGCACUAUCAACUGGAGUAUACUAAUCAGCUGAUAGUUGCCUCGAGUGCUCUGCUUGCUGGACUAGCCUUUGCCACAACCUACGUCGUCCUCUCUCACUGCAAAUGCGGAUGGAAAGCCGGCAGAGCAUUUGGGAUUCCUCUCUUCUGCGGCUAUGGAGCAUUCCUAACUGCAGUCUUGGCAUUGGAGUUUGCUUAAUAAAAUGAAAUACAACCGCGGGGUUUCAAUUGGAUCUAUCUAUCUAUCAGAACGAACAACUUAAACGCAAGAUGUUAUUUAUCACUCAUUUAUUACUUACUGGCACCUUUUUUCAUCGACCACCAUACAUGCCACAGCACACCACCAGCAAAGCGCCAAUCCGUUGGUACUGAAUUCCUUCGUACACUGUAACAACUGUUUCGAGUGUAAAACUCUCGUCAGUGAAGGUAAAUAUUGUAGGAAUGGCCAAGAGAGUGAAAAAUCUACCCCUUUAUCUAGUUUUACACCUUUUUUAACUGAGUUUUCUAUGCCUCGACGAAACAUUUCAAUCAACAAUUAAGUUCACUACAGAAUUUUCUUACCGGUAACUGAUUAAAAAACAUAUACUUGACACAGUAUUCAAUAUUUUGACCUAGUUUCUUCUUUCGAAUUCCAAUUUUUAUGUUUGACAUGAACAAUUUAUUACUAUGCUAGGUAGGCAUUUGCUUCGUAGGAAAACAGGAUUUUUAUUUUCAA